AUGGCAAAACAUAUCCACACCUUAACCGCUCCCUGUGCUAUCCAUAUCUCUGGCAUCUCCAUUGAUUUCAGCCUUUCGGAAAAGAACGUAGAGUCUGCUGAAGCACGGAUCGGCAAAUCGUUGAGGCCAAUUGAUCAUGAUGCAGGAAAGACUAUGCGCCAGACGUUUUACCCACCAAUCAAGAUUUCUCUGGGGGAUACGUUUUCCUUACGUUUACGGUACAAGAAACGAUUUCGAAAGAGCCAUGAAGACAUUCAUUUCGAUCUGGAUGAAAUACCUCCCGCAUCUGCUACAAGACAAGGUCGAGCAGCUAUCAAUCCGUCCUCGCCUCGACAAUGUACUCACCUCGAUGACACAGAGUACCGCAAGUCUCAUGACAACAUCAAGAUCGUAGUUAUACUUUCUGGGAACACAAUAACCGAGCACGCAGAGCAGCCUGGUUCUACCUCAGAUACAACACUGGAGCUCCAGCCCACGACCGACAAGAUCGUUCAGAUUUGUCCUCGGUUCCGAAUUCUAGUGAUAGGAAAGACCGGUGUUGGCAAAUCUUCGCUCAUCAACCGUGCCUUCGGAGUACACGAAGCGAUCGCUUCGACUCAUAAGCCAGGCGAGGCCGACAUCGACCACGAGUUUAUCUCACCACAGAACGACAGGUUUGUUCUUCACGAUAGCAAGGGUUUUGAACCGGGCGACGAAGGCAACGUGAACAUAGUUCAAGGUUUCAUCGAACGUCGAAGAGAAAUGUCUUUGGAAGACCAGCUGCAUGCUGUUUGGCUUUGCUUUGAAAUACCCCGCGCAGGCGGGCGUUUACUGGAGACGGGCACGGAGGAAUUCUUGACAUUGAAGCGUGGUGGAAAGCUGGGAAAUAUUCCUGUCGUCGUUGUUUUCACUAAAUACGAUAGGUUCAUCAACCGCGUCAAUCGUACUCUGAAUGAGUCAUCUCUCGUGGGAUUGAGCUCCAAUGCCGUCAAGGAACUCAUCAAGAACAAAGCGGACGCUGAGUUGAAGGAAAUCUGUAUUGGACCCCUAGAAAAAUUUGCAGGGUUGGAUGUUCCGCAUGCCACGGUCUCCACAAACAAGGAGCAUGCAGAAACGCUGGCUCGUCUAAUCCAGAUAACCGAAGAGCGUGUUUAUAAGCAUGUUGCAGCCGAGGCGUCGGUGAUGACUUCCAUGGCCCAGCGAGUGGACCCUGGACUCAAAAUAAAAGCAUCAAUUGAGGUUGGCAAGAGAAGAUAUUGGAAGGCACUAGCAUCAUGCGCAGCAUUUCAGGACCGUAGGACGUCGGACUGCUUGCAUGUGCUUCACACUGACAUUGUCAGAGUGUGGAACUUCCAUGACCCUCACGGUUACUUGGGCAGCCACGAAUUCAGAACUAUGGUGGUGAAUAUGGUUGACAAACUAGAUGUUGGAUCUCCUACCAAUCCUGACAGGACCAUGGCUGCUGGACUAUCUACGGUGGGAGCUGUUGCAGGCAUCUUGGCUGUCCUGGCGGGACCUGCGGCUCCCAUCGUAUUGCCGAUAGUAGCAAGUGUGGUAAUCGCGAAAUGGGCUUACGACGUGUACAAGCUGUCCGGCGUGGUGCUCCAGCGCUUUAUAGCGUACAUUGUCGACUUGACCCUUGUGCUGCAGAUACUUCAUCUUGUGUCGGACGGCCAGGAACUGUCUCGUAGGGUUAUCAAACUCGCGGUCGCUGCCUAUUAUAAAUCACCGAUAAGCGGAGAUGUCCAUAAUCGGAUUCAGGAAUACGGUAGGACAUUGACGCUCCUAGAACGCGCAGACCGCGACAACCUUGCGUAAAAUCAUCGAGUUGAUGGAAUUGUAUCGCAUCGAAGCAAAGGAAAUUUCUGAUGUUCGGGCACAGAUUCCGACUGUCGAUUCAAUUCCGGAUGAGCCAUGGUGAAAUGCGUCUACAGGGUAUGAUUUUACCGCGUGGGCGGGUGUUGUGAAAUUGCAGCUCUGUUAUCAUUUACAAUAGUAUUUAGAAUUCCGCUUAGCCUAUACCAGAGUGCCCUCGCAUUCAAACCUACAAUUUGACCUUUGUACCACACGUUGGACUAUGGCUUUGAUCUAUAGCUCCAUAGCAGAC